ACCUCGCUUCCGACGUCUUUACAAAACUUCAACGUUUCAGAGCGAGUACCUGGAGGAAAUGUAAUAGGUUGUAAAUAAAGUGGAGGUGUGUGUGUUUUUCCGCGUUGGCGGGUUAAAAACAAAGGUUAUUCUUUGUUUUCCGAGAUUUUCCGGAACAACGCGACAAGAAUGAGUUUGUUGGAAAUCAGUGAGAACGUGAAGCUGGCCAGAGAGUACGCCUUGCUGGGGAACUACAGCUCAGCCGUGGUCUGCUAUCAGGGGGUGUUGGAGCAGAUCAAGAAGUACCUGCUCGCGGUGCGAGACUCGUCCAUGCAGCAAAAAUGGCAGCAGGUUUGGCAGGAGAUCAACGAGGAGAACAAGCAUGUGAGGGACAUCAUGACCACGCUGGAGAGCUUCCAGCUGGACAACACCCCUUCCAAACCCAGCGGCUUCAGCCACGAGAGCGACAUCAUGCCCGUUCAAGUCGAACAUAGGCCGUCUCCGUGUGCAGUUCGCAAGGCCCCGGUUCCGUAUAAAGACGGUAAAGCUCACGGUAGCAGGUUGAGCGCUGGGCCACGCUCCCAGCACCGACAAUCACCACGCGUCGUUAACGGAGACCGAGGAAAACCAUCGAAGGGCAAAGAGAAGAAAGAAAACGCACCGAAGCAGAAAGACGACAAGAACAAACCCGAGGCCUCUGAGGUGGAGGUGAAGAGGUUCGACAGAGGAUGGGAAGACAAAGACCUGAUUGACGCGUUGGAGCGAGAUAUCAUCUCUCAAAACCCCAACGUCAAAUGGGAAGACAUUGCUGAUCUGGAGGAAGCGAAGAAGCUCCUGAAGGAGGCGGUGGUUCUGCCCAUGUGGAUGCCCGAGUUCUUUAAGGGAAUCAGGCGACCGUGGAAGGGCGUGCUGAUGGUCGGCCCCCCAGGUACGGGCAAAACCCUGCUGGCGAAAGCCGUAGCGACAGAAUGCCGGACCACCUUCUUCAACGUCUCCUCCUCAACGCUCACCUCCAAAUACAGAGGGGAGUCAGAGAAACUCGUGCGCCUGCUCUUCGAAAUGGCGAGGUUCUACGCUCCCACAACCAUCUUCAUCGACGAGAUCGACUCCAUGUGCAGCCGCAGAGGGACUUCAGAAGAGCACGAGGCGAGCAGACGAGUCAAAGCAGAACUUCUAGUUCAAAUGGAUGGUGUUGGCGGACCGUCUGAAAAUGAUCCUUCUAAAAUGGUGAUGGUCCUGGCAGCCACUAAUUUCCCCUGGGACAUCGAUGAAGCUCUGAGACGCCGACUAGAGAAAAGGAUCUACAUACCGCUGCCCACAGCUAAGGGCCGUGCCGAUCUGAUGAAGAUAAACCUGAAGGAGCUGGAGCUGGCUAACGAUGUGGAGCUGGAUAAGAUCGCAGAGCAGAUGGAGGGAUAUUCAGGUGCUGACAUCACCAACGUCUGCAGAGACGCUUCUCUGAUGGCUAUGAGACGGCGAAUCGAGGGCUUGACCCCGGAGGAGAUCCGUAACAUUUCCCGAGACGAGAUGCACAUGCCUACGACCAUGGAGGAUUUCCAGAUGGCUCUGACCAAAGUUUCUAAAUCGGUCUCCGCCGCAGACCUGGAGAAAUACGAGAAGUGGAUCGCCGAGUUCGGAUCCUGCUGACCCGCCCGAACGCCAGCGCCGGGUGGGAGGGUAAUAUUCCGAAAGUUCUUUAAAGGGGCAGUUUGUAACUUUUAAAGCCUUCCCCUCCCUCUGAGGGGAACCGAAAUGAAAUGGUCAAGGUUAGUUAGAUCCAUUUCAUGUUGCAAAUCUUUCCAAUGUACACUUGGAAAAAUAUGUUUGAGAUCUUUGAAAAAAAAAUUACAAACUGCACCUUUAAAUCAUUUCAGCACUUUGAAAUGCAAAUGGCGGAGAUCCACCUUUUAAUGGAAAAACCGUCACUAGGUUUUUUUUUUUUAUUAGUCAUACGAGUGGCUCGCGUAGCAAGGAAGGAUCCGUUACAUUCUGUUGAAUGAAUAUGAUGCAUAAAUAUAAAUGAGGUGUUGAUUCAGCACUUCCAAAAGACAAAGGUAAAAUGUGACCAAUGAGCACGUAAGUCAGUCUGUGAUUUAUUGUAAUUGUCUUCACAUACCAAAUAUUUUUUAUAAUGCACAAUAACAUCAUUUUAUUUCAUUUUUUAAAUUACUCACAUUUCACCUCAAUUCAUUCAAAGAUGAAUUUCAAUUACACUAUUUCCAACCAAUCAGUGGCCUUUUUUUUUUUUAUAGUGAACAAGUGACCCAGUCUAUAUACUUGUGUGUAUAUAUAAACACUGCAAAAUGUAUUUAGAUGACAAUUUGGUAAUGUUGUUUAAGAUAAUAAACGUUCUAUGAAAAACAG